CUCAACGUCGCAAACCGUGUGCGCCACCAGCAGCUAGCGACCCGACGAGCAAAAACCACGCCCGCCUCCGGCCCGCCGCCAUGGCCUUCUGCGCGGACGCUCAGUCCCAGCCCGCGUGGGCGCUGGCGCUGGCGGCGCUGGGGCUCCUCGCGUCCGCGCGCGCCGCGGCGCGCCUCGCGCUGUGGCUGUACGCCGCGUUCCUCCGCCCCGCGCGGCCGCUGCGCCGCCGCUACGGCGCGUGGGCCGUCGUCACGGGCGCCACGGACGGCAUCGGCCGCGCGCUCGCCUUCCGCCUCGCCGCGGCCGGCCUCGGGGUCGUCCUCGUCGGCCGGAGCCCGGACAAGCUCACCGCCGUCGCGGCCGAGCUCGAGGCCAAGCGCCCGGGGGCCGGGGUCCGCACCUUCGUCGUCGACUUCGCUGCCGACGACCUCGCCGCGAGGGUGGGCGCGCUCGGGGAGUUCCUCCGGGGCCUCGACGUCGGCGUGCUCGUCAACAACGUCGGCGCGUCCUACCCGUACGCGCGCUACUUCCACGAGGUGGACGAGGCGCUGGCGCAGAGGCUGAUCCGGCUCAACGUCGAGGCCGUCACGCGGGUCACGCACGCCGUGCUCCCCGGCAUGCUGGAGCGCGGGCGGGGAGCCAUCAUGAACAUGGGCUCCGGCGCCUCCGCCAUCAUGCCGUCCGACCCGCUGUACACCGUCUACGUCGCCACCAAGGCCUAUGUCGAUCAAUUCUCGAGAUGCCUGUAUGUCGAGUACAAGAGCAAAGGCAUCGACGUGCAAUGCCAGGUGCCCAUUCAGGUGGCGACGAAGCUGGCGUCCAUCCGGAAGCCCACCCUCCUGGCGCCGUCGCCGGAGGCGUACGCCCGCGCCGCCGUCCGCAGCAUCGGGUACGAGCCGCGGUGCACGCCGUACUGGGUGCACGCGGUGGUGGGGUUCCUCAUCUCCCUCGUGCCGGAGCCCAUCGCCGACAGGAUGUUCCUCAACAGGUCCCUCGGCAUCCGCGCCAGGGGCCGCGCCAAGGAGGCCAAGAAGAAGGCGCAGUGAUCGGCGAGGGUCCGGGCCUCCGCCGUUGGUCGUCGCUGGAUUUGGAAUUGCAGACGGUUUAAAGUCCCUAGCGAUGGCCAUUUUAAACCGUAUUUGCAUCUAAUAACACACGGGCUGAUGACUGCUACAUACGAGUUGUGUCAUGGAACAAAUUAAAGUUGAGUUUAGUUUGAUGAGCUACAAGACUACGGACUAUUUGGUGAAGUAGAUGUGUCUGUGUGCCCAAUCGCGAUGCAUCGGCUUGUUUGGUUGGUGCUAGAUUUCUAGCACCAAUGAAUAGUAAAUAAGUUUGACCGUUAA